GGCGCUGAGGCCCGGAGCGACGGGCGCUGCGCAGAGCCCGGCUCCCCGCUGCGGAGAGUGAAGGAGCCGAGCCCGGCCAGGCCAUGCCCGGCCCCCCGACGCUGGGGGCGGCAGGCCCCGGCCCGGACCCGGAGGAGGGCUACGAUUUCCUCUUCAAGCUGGUGCUGAUCGGGGACGCCAGCGUGGGCAAAACCUGCCUGGUGCAGCGCUUCAAGACCGGGGCCUUCGCCGAGCGCCAGGGCAGCACCAUCGGCGUGGACUUCACCAUGAAGAGCCUGGAGAUCCAGGGCAAGCGGGUCAAGUUGCAGAUCUGGGACACAGCAGGCCAGGAGAGAUUCCGAACCAUCACACAGAGCUACUACCGAAGCGCCAAUGGAGCAAUCCUAGCCUACGACAUCAGCAAGAGAAGCUCUUUCCAGUCCAUUCCUCGCUGGAUUGAGGAUGUGAGAAAGUAUGCUGGUUCCAACAUAGUACAGUUACUGAUUGGAAACAAGUCUGACUUAAGUGACCUUCGAGAGGUUCAGCUGGAAGAGGCUCAGAAUCUGGCUGAACACUAUGAUAUCAUCUGUGCCAUAGAAACAUCUGCGAAAGACUCCAGCAAUGUGGAGGAAGCUUUUGUGAAGAUGGCAACGGAGCUCAUGAUAAGGCAUGGAGGCCCCAUGUUCAAUGAGAAAAACACAGACAGCAUCAAACUUGACAGCAAAGACAUAGUAGAAGGCUGGGGGCCAUGCAAUUGCUGAUACAAGCUAGGUAGUAUCCCUGACUUUACUGGAAUUUAGAGGGAUGUCUCCCCCUAAAGCUGAGUAGCACAGUAGCUGUAUCCUCCUCCUGAGAGACCAGCAUUUUUGUAGACAUUAGACACCAAUGCAAUCAAGACUUUGUCUUUUACUUUUAAAAAAGGGACUUUGUUGAGGUUUAGACCUAAAAGUUCAACCUUCCUUGACAUUUACUCUGUAUUUGCCCCCAUUAUUUUCUUUGCUGCAACCUUCUCAGUAAGUUAUGAAUCUGAGUGAAGCAGCAUGGAUCUGUUUGUUGGAGGGCAGGGGAAGGUAACUAGACAAGAAACCACCACAUACCUGAAGUUCUAAACCCUUCAGUAUGGAAUAGCUGUCAGAGGUGUAACUAUUUUUGCUUUUAGGUCAGUCAACCUUGAUAGAGUCUUUUUAAAUUCUCAGCAUUCCACCAAUGACCACAUACACCAGACAGUUUAGACAGUGGCUGUGGCAAAGGUGUUUCAAGUAUCAAAAUGCUUGAAUAUUUUAAACAUGGGACCAAGCAGCAGUCACCUGUCCAAGACACUGGACCACCAUGGAAGCUCUCUCCUUGAAAGAGAAACGUGGCACAUGGACUGCUAAAUAUUGUUGGUACAAGCCCAAGUGGGCUGUCAUGCUGAUUUUUAAAAAAUCAUCAUUCAAAUAGUGAAAUCAGUCUGAGCAAUACCAGUUGCCUGCUUGUUUACCAAGAUAAACAUUAAAUGUACUGACUCAAAUUCA